AUGUCCUUUUCUUCUGAACAACUUGCUCAAUUACAUAUUCGUGCUGGUGGAAAUGAUGAUGUAACAAUUCAUGAUGCACUCUGUGCUUAUAUUAUUCUUGCGAUGAAUAAAUAUUUUUUCCUCAGCGAAGACGAAUAUAUUCGACGUAUCUAUAUUACAGUUAAUUAUCGAGCUGUAACUGAUUUGUUGGCAAUAAAAGGUUAUGUAGCUAAUGCAAUUAUACAACCAUUAUCUUCUAAUUUUCCAAAUCCUCUUUCUUUAUCUAGUAUUACCAAGACAAUUCGACAAAUAAUUAAAACAGCACGUAAAGAAGAUUUUCUAGGAAAAUGA